AUGCCGACUCAUCUCAGCAAGACCAGGAAGCACAGAGGCCAUGUCAGUGCCGGACAUGGUCGUGUUGGCAAACACCGCAAGCAUCCCGGUGGUCGUGGUCUCGCUGGUGGUCAGCAUCACCACCGAACCAACUUGGACAAAUACCAUCCCGGUUACUUCGGAAAGGUUGGUAUGCGCCGCUUCCACUUGCUCCGCAACCACCUCUGGAAGCCUGUUGUGAACAUCGACAAGCUUCUUGCUCUCAUUCCUGAGGAGCACCGCGAGAAGUACCUCACCACCUCGUCCAAGCCCGAGACCGCCCCCGUCAUCAACCUCCUCGACCACGGUUACGCCAAACUCCUCGGCAAGGGCCGCAUCAACAUCCCCGUCGUUGUCCGCGCUCGCUACGUCAGCGCUGAGGCUGAGAAGAAGAUCAAGGAGGCUGGUGGUGUUAUCCAGCUUGUUGCUUAG